AUGACUGAUGAACAAAUGAUGGGUGCUGAAGCUGAUGAUAUUCAGUUUAUACACGCGUUAUCAGCAACUCAAGAUGGACAAACUUUUCGAGCAUUAUUAUAUGGUCAUGUAAUUCUUCUUCAACAUUAUCGUAGUCAAAUGAAUGCCUAUAUGUCAACAAGUGAACGUAGUCAAGUCAAUGCAUCAUUUCGUCAGCAAGUAUGGAGUCUUGUACCAAUAUUGAGAAGUGUAGCAUGUGUAUAA